AUUCACAAUCAGUAUUGCUUCCUAACUGGACAGGUUGAUAUUACAGAAGUGUGAUUGAUUUGGAGUUACAUUGUAAUUUUUAAGUGUUCCCUUUAUUUUUUGAGCAGUGUAGUUUAAAUCUACAUUACUUUUAACAGUCCUCUGUCGCACUCUAGUGGUCGGAACAGAAAAUAUGUCUUGGCACAAUGCAGAUCCACACUUUUCGAAUAUUCCCCUGAAACGAAAGUGAAAUACCUUCUUUAGUGUAGUCAUACGAUAGCUUCAAACCUCGUUUGACAGGGUCGGUUGUGUUGUUUACUAAGUCGAAACUGGUAAAUCUCAUAUUAAGUCUGUUUAUUCUUAGUGAAACAUGUCCGGAACCGGUGAAAUCGAUGAAAGCUUUUACUCCAGACAGCUGUAUGUCCUGGGUCAUGACGCUAUGCACCGGAUGGGCACCGCUGCAGUCCUCAUUGCGGGGAUGCGUGGUCUCGGGGUUGAAAUAGCAAAAAAUGUGAUUCUGUCCGGAGUGAAGUCUGUCACCGUCCAGGACGAAGGCCAGACUGUUUGGUCCGACCUUUCCUCCCAGUUCUUCCUGAAGGAAUCCGAUCUGGGUCAGAACCGUGCAACAUGUUCCCUCCAACAGCUGUCUGCCUUAAACCCACAUGUGUUAGUGUCAGCUCACACUGGACCCCUGGAUGAAGACCUGCUUCAGAAGUUCCAGGUGGUGGUUCUCACCGAGUCCACACUGGAGGAGCAGAAGCAUUUUGGUGAGCUUUGCCACUCAAAGGGAAUCAAGUUCAUUGUGGCAGACACUAAAGGCCUCUGUGGCCAGUUGUUCUGUGACUUUGGGGAAGAGUUUGAGGUCUUGGACCAGAAUGGAGAGCCACCUGCAACAGCAAUGAUACAAAGUAUCUCUAAGGGUAAUCCCGGGGUGGUGAUCUGCACAGAUGACAAGAAACAUGGAUUGUCAGAUGACUGUAAAGUGACAUUCUCUGAAGUCCAAGGUAUGACGGAGCUCAAUGGCAUCAGGCCUAUGGAGAUCAAAGUCCGAGGCCCGUACUCCUUCAGCAUCUGUGACACUUCUUCCUUUUCUGAGUACAAAUGUGGUGGAGUAGUGACUGAGGUUAAACAACCUUGCACACUUCAUUUUAAACCCUUGAGUGAAGCCCUGUUGGAUGAUCAGCUGCUGGUUAUGAAUGAUUUCGGGAAAGUAUGGAGGCACAAAACCCUGCAUUUGACUUUUCAAGCCCUCCAUAGCUUUGUGAAGAAAGAACAGAGACUCCCUCGUCCUCAAUCUCAAUCAGAUGCAGACGCCUUGCUUGCCACAGUAAUGGAGCUGAAUACAGUGGCACAGCUGGAGCAGCUGGAUCAAGCUGCUGUGAGGAAACUGUCUUACACAGCACAGGGUGACCUCGCUCCUGUCAAUGCUUUCAUUGGAGGUAUUGCUGCUCAAGAAGUUAUCAAGGCAUGUAGCAUGAAAUUUACACCUCUCAGGCAGUGGUUUUAUUUUGAUGCACUGGAGUGCCUCCCUGAAGAAGAGGACCAACUGUCUGAGUGCUCCUUUUCAGCACAAGGUACAAGGUACGACGGACAGGUUGCUGUGUUUGGCUCAGCAUUCCAGGAAAAGCUCGCACGGCAGAAGUACUUCCUGGUUGGAGCUGGUGCUAUUGGCUGUGAGCUCCUGAAAAACUUCGCCCUCAUGGGGCUCGGUGUCGGAGAAGAAGGACACAUCACUCUGACAGACAUGGAUUUCAUAGAAAGAUCCAACUUGAACCGACAGUUCCUCUUCAGGUCUCAGGAUAUCGGGAAACCAAAAUCAGAAGUUGCAGCGAAAGCGGUGCGAGAGAUGAACCCACAAAUGAAAAUCACGGCUCAUCAGAAUUGUCUGGACGCCGACAGUGAAGCGGUGUAUGAUUACAACUUCUUCAUGGGACUUGAUGGAGUUGCUGCAGCCCUUGAUAAUUUAGAAGCAAGGGUCUAUCUGGAUGGACGCUGCGUUCAGCACCAUAAACCGAUGCUGGAGGGAGGAACUAAGGGAACUCAGGGCCACACUCUGGUGGUGGUGCCUAAUCUCACAGAGUCUUAUGGGCCGGCUACUUCUGAUUCUGACUCAAUACCACUGUGCACUUUAAAGAACUUCCCUCACCAAAUUGAGCACACCCUGCAGUGGGCCAGAGACCAAUUUGAAGGACAUUUUAAACACACACCAGAAAAUGUGAAUCUCUUCCUGGGAAAUGCUGGAUUUGUACAGAGGACUCUUGGCCAUGGAGAUGCAGAGGCCCUUGAAGUCCUUAAGGGGGUUUGGAGCAGUCUUGAGGACAUGAAAGCUGGAGGACAACAUCCAGUGAGCUGGGAGGACUGUGUGAGCUGGGCACGCUGCAGAUGGGAGACUCUAUUUAACAAUGACAUACGCCAGCUUCUUCACUGCUUCCCUGCUGAUCAGAUGACUCCUACUGGUCUCCUCUUCUGGUCUGGUUCCAAGAGAUGCCCUCACCCACUGACCUUUGACCCCAACGAACCCACCCAUAUGGAUUACGUGGUAGCAGCAGCCAACCUGUACGGUCAGAUCUACAGAAUCAGCAAAACAGGAGACUCAGCAUCCGUCAGAACAAUCCUAGAGAAAGUCUCUGUACCAUCAUUCACUCCUAAGUCCUCCGUGAAGAUUCAUCUCACUGACAAGGAGAUGGAGGAGGACAAAGAAAAGGCUGGCGAUGAUGCUGAAAAAGCCCAACUUAAGGACUUGCAGGGAAAGCUGGCCUCACUGACUUUGAAAAACCCAGCCAAGCAGAUGUUCCCUUUGGACUUUGAGAAGGAUGAUGACAGUAACUUCCACAUGGACUACAUUGUUGCUGCCUCCAAUCUCAGAGCAGAGAUCUACAACAUCCCUGCAGCUGAUCGGCACAAGAGUAAGCGCAUUGCGGGAAAGAUCAUCCCAGCCAUAGCUACCACCACAGCCGCAGUGGCGGGCCUGAUGUGCCUGGAGCUGUACAAACUGGUGCAGGGUCACCAGAGGACCAGCUCUUACCGCACGGCUUACUUCACCCUGGCUGUGCAGUAUUUUGUGAUGUCCCAGCCAAGCCCACCUCGAAACUUCCAAAUCGCAGGAAAGAAAUACACUCUGUGGGAUGACUUCCUGGUUGAGGGCAGACUUGGCGGUCAGCAGGAAGUGACCUUGGGAGAUCUGUUCCAGUAUAUCAAGAAACAAAGUAACUUAACAGUUUGCAGUCUCUACUACGGAACAGCCAUCCUGUACAGUGGGCAAGAAGAGAGACUUAACAUGAGCGUGUCUGAUGUGGUGCGGAAGGUCACCAGUGCAGAAAUCCCUCCACACAAGAAGAUGCUGGAGUUGGUUCCCUUGUUUGCUGAAGAGGAUGACUCUGACUCAGACUUCUGCCUGAUGAUCAGAUACCUUCUCCUGUGCUGACAACAUGCAGUUUCCUCAGAGUUCCAGAGAGAAAGGCAUCACAUGGAACUGUUAUAAUGUGAUAAGACAAGUUUUACUAUAAUCUGACAUCCAUUGAGUAAAAACACUGCCAGAUUGUUGAAGAUUGAUGCCUGCAUUGUUCUUCCAGCUUCUUUCUUUCCAUGUUUCUCAUUAUGUUUUGCAAAAAAGUGUUUGUUAUUUCACUGCUUUAUGUGAUCAGUUUGUGUUUCUUCAUUUGAUCAUGUACUUUAAACAUUCACACUUCUCUGUAUCCAAUAUAUUGUCUCAUACCUUGGCUACACUCCCAGAAAUACUACUUGAAAUGCUAUGAUGGAUGAUAAUGUCCUAUUUCUUUUUUAUUAAAUGUCUAAUAAUGAAACUUUUAAAACAGCUAUGUCUUUUCUAGUAUAAGCAGAAAUCUCACCAUUCAAUUCUGUUUGCUUACUUUUAAUUUAGACCAGAUGUAAAGCAUACUUUCAAAGAAAUUUGGCAAAUAGGUUGUGGGCAGAACUGGCAUGCUUUUAAAGUUUAAUUCAGGUCAGAUUGAGCCCGAUGUUGAAGGGGUGGUCAGAAGAAGAAGUUGGUGCAGUAGGUCUUGUGCUUUGAUGAUGCAGGGUUUUUUCGCCAUCUGAACACAGCUGUCUCAUGUAAAUCCCGCUCUCCCAGCACAUAAGAGCUGGUCCUAUGUGGACUGAGAUGCCAAGUCGUGGGAUGGCUUUUUGCACUAGUCCUUUUCUAUACCCUCAAGGUGAACUGCUGUCUUUUUUUUGUGAUGAUUUAUUGAUAAAUAAUGUGGUAAGAAACAUCUCUGGUAUCAUCACUGUAGCUAGUUUUAGAUGUCCUUUAUUCAUGCUGUUAAUGAUGCUAUUUGUAAUUGAAUUAUGUUUAAACAUUUUAAUAAAUAUGAACCCAUUAGGAA